AUGGAGUGCGUCUCCACUGCAUCUAUGUCUGUUCUGAUAAAUGGUUCGCCAACAAAACCCUUCAAAAUGGAAAGAGGCUUGAGACAAGGUGACCCACUUUCUCCCUUCUUAUUUGUUCUGGUUGUGGAUGUGCUGCAUCGUAUGGUCGGAGAGGCAAUCAGGAACGACCGUAUAUCACCGUUGCUGGUAGAAAGAGAUGGCCUCAGUAUUAAUUUCGAUAAAUCCAGUUUGAUUCUAAUUAAUUGUGAAGAGCAGUGGGUCCAGCGUAUGUGUAACCUUUUGGGGUGCAAGCAGGAAACCCUCCCAGUUAAAUACCUUGGAGUCUCUCUUGGAGCAAACCCGAGGUUAGUGAAGACUUGGAAGCCUAUAAUAGACAAAGUGGAGGAGAAACUCAGUCUGUGGAAAGCUCGGUUACUAAACAAAGCAGGGAAAUUGGUGUUGAUCAAGUCAGUCCUAAAUAGUCUACCGGUGUAUUAUUUGAGCUUGUUCAAGAUGCCAAAAGCUGUUGCUGAGAAAUUAAUCUCAUUGCAGAGAAGGUUCCUGUGGAGUAAGGAAGAUGGUGGACAUGGUGUGGCAUUAGUUAGAUGGGAGAUGGUGCAGGCUCUUAAGAAGCUAGGCGGCUUGGGAGUUGGUGAUGUUAUGAUUCGCAAUACAGUUCUGUUGUUUAAGUGGUGGUGGAGGUUUGCUAAGGAAGAGUGUCCGCUGUGGAAAAAUGUAUGCCCGCUGUUCCUAGGAGAGGAGGGCCAUGGAAAGACGUAUGCCAGCUACAAUUCAUGA